CGUGAGUGGGUGGGGGUCGCAGGUGCAUUCAGUCGCAGCUGCUCGUGGUGCCAACGCGGUGCCUCUCUCUGUGUGUGUGUCGCAGCUUCCCCAGCGUCGCGCUCUGUCGCCGGGAUUAGUGAGAGGCCGGGAACCCAAGAGGGCUGUCGAGACGACCGACAUUCUUGAAGACGAAUAACUGCUGAAAUAAAAAAGCGACCACAUCGGCAGUGGGAGUUUGAAUCUCUCAAGGAGAGUUCUUGUUGAGUUGAGUGACCGCUGUGAAGAGACAAGCGAGGAUGGCCAACUCGGGGCUGCAGAUGCUGGGCUACGCGCUGGGGAUGUGCGGAUGGAUCGCCAUCAUCGCCGCCACGGCACUGCCGCAGUGGAAGACGAGUGCCUACGCCGGCGAGGUCAUCAUCACGGCCGUGAGCAUCUACGAGGGGCUCUUCAUGAGCUGCGCCUCGCAGAGCACGGGCCAGAUCCAGUGCAAGGUGUUCGACUCUCUCCUCGCGCUGCCCACGAGGGUGCAGAUAGCCCGUGCGCUGAUGAUCUGCUCCAUCGUGGUGGGUCUCUUUGCGCUGGGAGUAAGUGCUGUCGGCAUGAAGUGCACUCGCAUGGGAGCUGACAACAAAGUCCGCAAGAACCGCAUCGCCAUCAUCGGCGGAGUGGUGUUCCUCGUUGCCGGGCUACUGUGUCUGACUGCCACGUCCUAUUACGCUGCGGACAUUGCCCGGGAGUUCUACAGCCCCAACACGCCUGUCCAGGCCAGGUAUGAGUUUGGGCAGGCUCUCUUUGUGGGCUGGGCAGGCGCUUGCCUCGUGCUCAUGGGCGGCGCCUUCCUGUGCUGCUCCUGCAACUCCAAGUCGUCGGGGAAGACGUCACGGCCGCGCGGCCCCCCGCGGCGCGGGCCCCCCAGUUCUACGGGCUCUGCCCAGAAGGAGUAUGUGUGACGGGUGAAGUGUAGCAGACCGAACCAGCUGCUCGAGUGUUCGUUUUUUUAUUUAGUAAAGUUCUUGUGUUUUUGAAGGAGUGUUUUGUUGAACCUUAAUAUGCGAAUAUUAAAAGAUUUUUUUAAAUUGCUAUGUUGAGAACAUCCCUGCGUUGUAGAUUGAGUGUUUGGCACGACUAUUUUGUGGUUGUUAACAAAUCGUACAUCAAAAUUUUAUGAAAUUGGCUGAAAGUGCAGUAUGCUAAAUACAACUUGUGGACUAAUGUAUUUUUUUUAUCAUAAAUUUGCUCGUGCAUCUAUGGCUUGAUUAUUUGUAUGAAGUGGUUGUAAAUACUUGUUCUGGCAGGUGUGCGUGCUUUGAUGUGGGCCCCAUGCACAGUGCCUUUCUGCGUGUAAUGCCGAGUGUACAAUCCACCAAAAAAACGUUACUAAAUGUUUUUUUUAAAGAUGUAUUUAAACACUUUUAGCAUAUGUAUCCAAUGAAUAGUGAUGUAUGAAGGGGUUGUGUGUGGUUGUGUAUCGUUAUAAUAUUGCAGUUCACUAUUCCGAGCAUAAACAUCCGAGUCGUGUGGUAACUUCACGAUGACCUUUUAUAAGACCAAAUACUUCAAUGAAUAAAGUUUACUUGUGUGCCGAACCUGAAGGUUUCCCCAACAUGGCUUCUGGUCCUGCAUACUUAGCCAAGCAAAGUGCACACUUUCAUUCAUGCCACCAUUUCUUACAGAAUUAUCACAUCUUGAACUUUAACCCUUCAUUUGUGCUAGUCUUGGCUUUACGAUUUGGUUAAAUCAGAACUAAAUGGCCAUACAUGUUGUGCUGUGUGACAUGCUUACACUUAAAUUGACAAGGAUUUAAUUAUGUAUUUUAAAUUUUAAUAGUUUUUUACUUAAGUAUUUUUUAUCGGUGUUUGAUUGGAAGAGCCUUGUUAGGCUACACAGAUGUUUUGCACUGUGCAAAGCAAUACCUGCAACCAUUUAAAGUAGCAUACUAUUUGGGGUUGUCUUAAUUGCAUUAUGGGGUAUAGGUGAUGAAUUGUAUUACUUUUGCAUAUUUUGUUGAUCUGUUGGGUAAUAAAGUUGCACAAACAAACUGUA